GCCUUCCUUCUCGCGCUCGCUCGGAUUCUCCAUGGCGGCUCGCUUCCCCUGCACAACGCCGCGCGCAAGCGGAAGACGAAGCUUCCUGGACGUUGCUGCUCUCCACUCCGCGUGCUGCUGCUGCUCCUGGUGCUGACGGUUGUCAGCGUGGCUCUGCUGCUGCGAUCGGUUCAGCUGCAACAGAAGAACGCGGAGGAGGCCGGUCCCAAGGGGUUCAUCCGCUACAGUGCGUACCGCCUGGGCCGCAGCUCCUUCGCUGUGAUUGGUCUGGGGGCGCUGCGCCUCCGCGCUCGCACGCGCUUCCCCGGGUGCUCGUGGCACGACAAUGGGGCCGCUCCUGGUGAAGCGGGCAUUCCGGGGAGCGUGGAGGUGUUUUAUCCCGGGGAGCAUCACGACUUGGAGUAUGAAACGGUGGUGCUCAAGUGCUUUCUCAGGGCUGGCACUCAUGCCACGCAAGGGGGCAAGCUGCUGCUGCAGGUGCAAGUGCAGGCCACCCAGGGGUCGCGGGUCCUAUCAGUCAACACACAGCAGCUUGUCGCCUACCAUGAGCCUCCCAACGCCUUCCCUGUCUCCCUGGAGCCGCAUCCCCCUUAUAAGCACCGCGUCGCGUUCUGCUCGCCGCCAGUACACUCGGAACUGGACGGGAGGAGGCUGUACGAGUGGCUGGAGUAUCAUUACCAUCUGGGCGUGGAUUACUCUAUCAUGUACGAUGCAGGGGGGAUCGACGAUGAAGUCACUCAGGUGCUGAUACCAUACGAGCAGGAAGGGCUACUGGAGGUCAGAGAUAUAGGGGACUUUCUGGAGUACGAGACGUGGCUCUAUGCCCAGGUGAUGGUUGUGAACGACUGUUCAUACAGCACGCGCCACUCAGCCAAGUGGACGCUCUUCUUCGACCUUGAUGAGUUCUUCAACGCUGACGACCCGCCUCCGCCCCAAAAGGUGGAGGCCCACACCCACGUGCUGGCCACACAGCUAGACGCCAUGGAGCACUGGCACAGGCAGCUGUCGCGGCUGCGAAAGCGAUUCGCGCGCGAGAGAAGGAUGGAACCGAGACCACAGAGGGAGAUGGAGGAGGAAGAGGAGGAGAAAGAAGCGUCAGCAGCAGCAGGAGCGGCAGGAGCGGCAGGAGCAGCAGCAGCAGCAGUGGCGCAGGCAGCAGGGCAAGGGCUGGCACACAGAACACGCAUCUCCUUGGAGCAAAGGCGGGCAGCAGAGCAAGCAGAGGAGGCGAACAACCGGCAAAACGGCACGAGAAUCGGAAAAGAAACUGCAAAGGCGCGGCAGCAGCGGGUGGCACGGCAGAUGCGCGAGCAAUACAGGAAGCUUCGGGCACGGAGAAAAGAGGAUGAGGCGGAGGAAGAAAAGGAGAAGCUGCCUGGGGAGGAGGAGCAGCAGCGGCACCUGCAGCAGCAGGAGGCAGAGCAGCAGUCGCAGAUGGAGGUGAUUCGGGCGUACAGGGAGCAUCUGAAGCGCACUGCGGGCGACCAGCGGCUCAUUCCUCUGGUCCUGGAGUCGUAUGACGGCGCGUCGUACCUGUCGCUUGGGACACUUUGGUGGGACACAGAGAGGUGCGUAGACCCAUCAGAAGCCAAGGGCACAUGGGGCAUUCAGCGCAUGUUCUACCACUGGCCGCACAUCUACUGCCUCAAACCAGAACUCUUCCCCAGGUCUGAGAUGUGCUUGGAUUACUACGGGCAUCGCAAAUACGCCAUCAACCCGCGAAAGGUCACAGCACUGCAGAUUCACCGCCCAGUGCUCAACGACUCGUACGGAUUCGAUCUCGACACCACUGUAGCAAAGCUCAACCACUUUCAGGGCUACGUGCAGCGAGUGAAACCUCUAAACGCGACUGUAGAGAGUGGGAAUAGUAAUGAGACGGCUAGUGUAGCGCAAGAACAGCAGCUGCCGGCGUUUUGCUCGCACAUUAUUCACAUUGAUGAGCCAAUUAUUUGGUGGGCGAGGGGGCAAGAGAUAGGGGAAAUUGCUGCUGAGGCUCAGAAGAAUCCCCGUGUGCCAUUGGAGCGUAUCGAGAGAGCAGAGAUGGAAAGUGAGAUGGCUAGAGUAGAGGUGGGAGAUACAGAAUCAUGA